AUGAUAAAAGUGAGUCUCCAUACGCUCCUGCACCGAAUAACCCGCUCCCCCGGCUGUCUCGUCGCAGGAGGUGACGAGGGCCGCGGCGUUGGCAUCGUGUCCACCAGGAUGCCACUCGACCGGGAGGAGCGCCGCGCCCUUCUGGUGCCCCUGGUGGUGGGCGACGCCGCCUCGCCCGCGCUCUCCGCCACCGUCACCCUCACGCUCCACGUCGCCGACCUCAACGACAACCCGAUGGCGCCGGCGGCCAAGACGAUCGUCGUCCACACCGUGCAGCCUCAAACAUCUCAGGUCCCCCUCGGGCGAGUGUACGUGAAGGACCCCGACGACUGGGACGCCGCCUCCAAAACCUACGCUUGGAGGACGACCCACGCCAACUUCAUCCUGAACAAGACGACCGGUGACCUGGCGAUGAAGCCUGGCACGCCCGACGGCAGGUACGAACUCGGAUUCAAGGUCAACGACGCGAGCCAAGGUCAAACCGGGGUCAACGCUAAUGUGACGGUGAAGGUCAAGUCGCUUAGUCAGCAGGUCGUCAGCGCAGCCACGCCGCUGACGCUGGCCGCUGACCCUUACUACGUGGUCAGGGAAGAUCAUAAGGGAGCCUCGUCCAUCCUCGACCGCCUUGUCCUGUCCGCACGCGCGUGGGUGGAAGGCAGCAGCGAGGGCGUGCAGGCGGUGUCAGUCCAGAAAGUGGAUGGCCCGUCAGCGCCUUCUACUCGCGUGUGGCUGACGUCGCCCGGAGUCAGUAAUCUGGAUCACGUCCUGCUGCAUCGAAAGGACGAGCUGGAGCACACCAUAGGCGUGAGCAUCACCGACGUGGGCGUGGGGACGUGCGAGGAGGCCGCCCAAGAGGACCUGGGCUGCCUGGAGGGGUGCGCCGCCCAGGCCUCCGUCACCAACGGAUUCUCGGUCGUGGACGCCAACACCUCGGCCGUCGUGGGUCCCUGGGUGGGCGUGCACAGCGGCUGCGGGUGCGCCAGGUUCGCGCCCGCCGACGACACCGUCUGCUCGGCCGACACGUGCCUCAACGGCGGCCAUUGCGUGCCGACGCCCACGGGGACCAGAGAAAUUACAGCUGAAACAAUAGCUGUCGCGAGAAGCAAGGGGACCUAUCAAAUGCAAAGCAUGUUGAAGGGUUACACCAACUGUGUUCUUAGGUUACAGAAGCCCUAG